UUUGCAUUAUACACUAAAUUGCUCCUUGAUUACCACAUUAUUCCAAGUAUGGAAACACUGUCUGCACUCCUGUCCUCAAAGACAUCGGACCAACUGUUGGAUAAAAUUCGUGCAACUGAUGCCAAUGACGACCAGCAGGCCGUUGACGUCCAGCCCAUUCUCCUCUCUAUGACGAAAAUUUUGGAUGACGUUGAAGGAGAUAUCAAAGGUACUGCACGUGGACGCAGGGUUACCUCCAAGAGCAGAACCAGCCUGCCGCCUGCAUUUGAUCAUAGCAUGCUCGAAUCAAUGUUGGCUGAUAUUCGUAAUGUCUCUGGCGAGUUGUCUUGCAAUUGCUCAGAAGGAGAAAAUACAGAUGCAACGACAAUGAAACUGCUGGAAAUGCUUAAAACCUAUUCAUGGAACACGAAAGUGGUGCUAGCCUUGGCUGCUUUUACUAUGAAUCUUGGGGAGUCCUGGCUGCUUCUUCAGCGUGGCAAUACAAAUUCUCUAGCGACUUCUGUGGCUUUCCUCAGGCAAGUUCCGGAAAUCGACCGUUUUGACCUACUGGGAUCUGAGGUUGGUAAACUCAUCCAGGCCAUUAGGAACUUAGCAAGCUGCAAUGCUAAGUUCAUGAUGAAGGUACACCCUUGGUAUUUUUCAAAAGACACGUCGCCAAUCUCAGAAGCCAAGUUGGAAAUCAUUCGGGCUGCAUAUUGGACAAUUCACAGUGUUGUACAAAUUGCAAGCCUUAUAGGCCGAAGAAAUAAGAGCACUUCAUUAAGCAUGGAGACAGGGAAAACAUUGGCAAUUCGCUUGGAAACUGAAGUCAGCCAGAUACAUGAUCUCCUUAUGUAUCAUUUCAAGCGUUGCAAAGAGUAUAUUGGUAAGGAGAUGGAAGAUGCUUAUCAGAGCCUGGUGAAACUUAUGCAAAGACCUGAAGGAGCAGACAUCGUGGAAAUUCUCAACAGAUUCCUUUCCCACGGCAACAUGGAGAAGGUUGAUAUUGAAAAACUGAGAAGCAAGCAUGUGCUAUUCCUCAUAUCAGACCUUGACAUCUCCCUCCAAGAGAUUACAGUUCUUAAUGAGUUGUACCUGAAGGGAGAGGGCUAUGAGGUGGUCUGGCUCCCAGUUGUGUACGGGCUGUACGAUAAGAAGAAGUUUGUGGAGUUGAAAUCAUCCAUGAAAUGGUAUACUGAUAUGCCCGCCAUUCUUGACCCAGCGGUCAUUAAAUACAUCAAGGAGGUUUGGCAUUUUAUUAAGAAUCCAUUCGCGGUGUUCUUGACUCCAGAAGGUAAGGUGGCAUGCCAAAGUGCACUCCCUAUGUUGUGGACGUGGGGGAAUGAGGCUGUUCCUUUCACUGCUGAGAAAGUGAAAGAUCUCUGGCGUAAAAGAUACGAUUGGAGACUUGACUUCCUUGUUGAUGAUCUGAUUGAUCCAGAGUUACGACAAUGGAUUGUUGAAGGGAAACUCAUAUGCUUGUAUGGUGGCGGAAGUAUUGACUGGAUCCGGGAGUUCACUACCGGAUUGAAAUUUGUUCUUGCAAGGAUUGGAGAGUCCGUAGAAAUGGUUUACGUGGGCAAGAACAACGACAAGGAUUGGACAGAAAAGGUGAUUCACAACUUGCGCGUUAUCAAAUCGGAGAGGCACUUUUGGGCUCGACUGCAGAGCAUGUUGUACCUCUACACAAAAAUGAGACAGGGCAAGACCUUGACUAAAGAUGAUCCCUUCAUGCAGGAGGUGAUGAAAAUUCUUGCCUACGAUGGCGGUGAUGGGGGAUGGGCUUUAUUCUGUAAGGGACCCAAUGUGAUAGUCAGAAUGGACGGAGAAACAGCUCGAGCUAUCAUAUCGAAACACGGUGAUUUGGAAACCUAUGCUAGAAGGCAUGGUUUCCUUGAAGGACUCGCAUAUUACAUGGAAGAACAAGACAUCCCACAUAGCUGCGUCCUUAAACUGCCUUUCAUCAGCUCGGAAGUCCCAGGGAAGAUGUGCUGUGAUCAGUGUGGCCGUGAAAUGGAGAUGCAUUACACGUAUCGCUGCCGCGCCAUGUAAGCAAGCAUAUUACAAGUUUGGGAAGGACCUAGUACUGAUAAAGAUGAUGAAGAAAUAAGGAUUACCCUUGGUGUUUGUUUCUAAUAACUGUAUUUGCUAGCUUCUGUAAUAAUUAUAAUUAUAAUAAAAUCCUCACCACUUAUCAGCACAUCUGGCUGGUAAAGAGUGGGGACUGCUUGAAGU